AUGGCGGCGAAUAAUAUAGGGUUCGAAGAGGAGUAUGAAAAUAGUGAUGAAACCAAUGAUCUAAAUGAUGAGGAAGAGAUCAUACGUUUUUAUUUUCACCGAGGAUUUCAUUAUGAAGAGAUUCUAAACUUUCUUCAGAAAUUUCAUGGCAAGGAGAUGAGCUUGAGUACAUUAAAACGUCAAAUUAAAAAGUACGGUCUUCAACGAAAAAAUAGCGAUUAUGACCUUGACGUUGUCCGUGAUGCAGUAAGAUCUUUACUGGAUGGCCCAGGGUGUUGCAGAGGCUACUGCGCGAUAUGGCAUACUCUUCAGAUGAACGGAAUAACAGUGCCCAGAGUUGUUGUCGCGGAAUUAUUGCAAGAGCUAGAUCCGGAAGGUGUACAAGAAAGAUCAAGGCACAGAUUGAAGAGAAGAGUUUAUCGGAAUCCAGGCCCUAAUUAUUCGUGGCAUUGCGACGGAUACGACAAACUAAAACCAUACGGCUUCCCCAUCCAUGGGUGCAUAGAUGGGUGGAGCCGGAAGAUUCUUUGGUUGUAUGUUAUGCAAUCUAACAAUCAACCUAAUAACAUAGGAAUGUACUAUUUAGAGGCUGUGCAACAGUAUAAUGGUUGUCCCAUUGAUUUUAUUACCGAUCUUGGCACAGAAAAUGGCCUUGCUGCUGCCAUCCAAACAUUUUUCCGAAAUGAUCCAAACAGUCAUAGGUAUGUAUCUUCCCCUUCUAACCAGAGGAUUGAAGGCUGGUGGUCAUUUCUAAGGAAAGACCAAACAUCAUGGUGGAUGAACUUUUUUAAAGACCUUGUGGAUGUAGGUACCCUAGACCUUACACUGUCCCUCCAUACAGAGUGUCUCUGGUUUUGUUUUGCUGCACUAUUACAAGAGAAUUUAAAUGAAGUGAAGGAAAAUUGGAAUUCGCAUUAUAUUCGAAAAUCAAGAUAUGAUACUUUGCAAGGGAGACCAGAUUCUUUAUACUACCUCCCUGAACUUCACAAUGGUCGAUCUAAUUUGCAUCUGCCUGUUCCUGAGGAAGAAAAGUUGUAUGCUAGAGAGCAUAUAAUCAGUGACUAUACUGGGCAAAAUGACUUCCAAAGAUAUUUUACUUAUAUUGUGGAGAGUAACUCAUUAGAAAAGCCUUCUCACUGGAGGGAUGCACUGGAGUUGUACCAUGUGCUUAUCAACUGUGCAAGUAAUGGUGAAAUCGUAGUGUGA